AUGUUGUUUUACCUCUACUUGUGCCUUUUGGCAUACUUGCCAGGCGUGUUCUCGUCGUCUCUGCUGGACUUCUCCGCCGCUCGUGGGGAUAAUCCCUCUAUUCUUGGCAUCCGCAACCUCGAAGCAGCCCGCGGUGAUACCACUUCUUCCAAUACCGAUGACCUUUACAUCAAGCUUGGAGCAGACCCAAAUGGAAUCCCCUCGUUGCAUUAUCAUCGGAUCAAGGGUGAUAUUCGGGCAGAAUACCACUCCCUGUCGAAAAAGUUGGCAUCGGAUCAAACAUACUAUAUUGGAUAUCAAUUUUCUCUUGCUGAAAUCGAGGAGAGCUUGAUGGUCUGGCAAUUCAAGGAAUAUGCUGCGAACAAUGCUGCAGCCGGCGGGGCUAAUAUUCCUCUGGGUCUGGAGUUCAAAGGUGGCCAGAUUCACCUGCAAUACCAAUCGUCAUUCACCGCGAAACGUGAGCAUCAAUGGUCCCAGACUCUUGAGACAAAUACAGUAUACUCGUUCGGUAUCGUGAUCAACACAGCGAGUCCAGGAUGGGUUGAGUUAUACUUCGAUGGUAAGAAGCAGACUUUCUCUACAUCUGGAACCACUCGGUUGGCUGCAAACACUUUCCCUGGCCGAACGGAACCGAAAUUCGGUGCCUAUCGGGGUGAGGCUGUGGGGAUUGAUACCUACGUCUACCGAGUCCAGAUUGGGACGUCGUUGUCGGAUAUCAAGGAUGCCGCUGGAUUGGCGACUGCUCCGAUCCCUGGUGGUGCGUAA